AUGACGCUCGGGGAGUCUGUUUCUUGGAGGGCUGACGAAUUAAAUCUGUUUGACGGUGAGCUUGUUCCGGGGAGCGAGGGGAUUGGAGUCUUGGCUACAGAGGGGGUGGGUUUGAUGGAGGAGGAGAUGCAAUGUCAUGCAGAGUUAAGUAGAGUAAAGACGCAUGGUCAUUGUGUAAAAACUCCCAUCAUAAGGACAGAAGAAAAGAAGAGGGUGGUAUUGCAGCAUGGGUGGUGUCCUGCAUCUCUGUUCCGGAUAGCUGUGUUCCAUGAAAAGAAGGUUGUUAAGAAGGCUUGGCAGACGACGUCAACCACGUUACUGCAAAGCGUCUGCAGAGACCAAUGGCAACCUGCAAACCUCAAGCAGAGAUUUAAAUACAUUAUCACUGGUCUGCAGAAUGAGACUAUUAAUUGA